CAAUAGGACGCAGCGGCGGAAGAGGCUGCAGGAUGCCAGGCAGCGAAUUCACCGCCCGACUGCCGCUGUUCCAUGGCUUAGAGGAGAAAUCCGGCUCGGACAGGAGCUUCAUCCCGCUGCUCUGGCCUUAGUAUGCGCUCUGCCCCCCCUGAGUAUCCACCACCUGCCUGGGCUGACAGGGCGGACUUCACAGCCCUCGUAUGGGAGCCGAUUGAAUGUGAUACCAGCUGUUAGCCGCUGCUCUUGUCCUGCCUGAGCGUCCGUCCCCCGGUCAAUUCCCCCAGUCCACCCCCCCCCGAUCCCCAGCAUGAGUUCCUCACCGCUGGUGUCGCGCGCCAACAUGGACAUCCUGGACGAGCUGCAGCUGAUCGCAGCGCAGAAUCUGGAGAGGCUGGAGGUCAACAAGUACUACGAGGUGAUCAGGGAGCUGGGCAAGGGCACCUACGGCAAGGUGGACCUGGUCAUCCACAAGAUCAGAGGUACAAAAAUGGCACUAAAGUUCCUGAAGAAGAAGACGACCAAGCUGAAGUCUUUCCUGCGGGAGUACAGCAUCUCUCUCUACCUGUCUCCCUGCCCCUUCAUCAUCAACAUGUUCGGCAUCGCCUUCGAGACAGACGAGUACUACGUAUUUGCACAAGAGUACGCCUUAGCAGGGGACCUCUUCGAUAUCAUUCCUCCACAGGUUGGUCUUCCUGAGGCAGUGGCAAAGCGCUGUGUGCACCAGGUAGCCAUAGCCCUGGACUACCUGCAUUUUAAGAAGCUGGUCCACAGAGACAUCAAGCCUGAGAACAUCCUAAUUUUUGACAGAGAGUGCCGCAAGGUCAAGCUGUCUGACUUUGGCAUGACCCGCCGAGCUGGAUCACCUGUCAAAAGGGUGAGCGGUACCAUCCCCUACACCGCCCCAGAGCUCUGCGACGUGUCGCGCCAUGAGGGUUUCUGCGUGGACUACAGCACUGAUGUCUGGGCCUUCGGCGUGCUGCUCUUCUGCAUGCUGACUGGAAAUUUCCCGUGGGAGAAGGCACUGCCCUCGGACUCCUUCUACCAGGAGUUCAUCCGCUGGCAGAGGAGGAGGACGGCCACUGUGCCGUCCCAGUGGAGGCGCUUCACUGAACAAGCCCUCCGCAUGUUCCGCCGGCUGCUGUCCGUGGAGCAGGACCGCCGCUGCUCCGUCAAAGAGGUGUUUGGAUACUUCAGCCACUCUUGGAUGCUCGAUGUGGAGAACAACAACGGCAACGGCGCAGGGGGAAGCAGCGGUGGCAGCGGGGAAAGAGAGAGGGUUGGAGGAGGAGGAGGAGGAGGAGGAGGGGUCCGUGGUGAUGUGGACGGCACCAUCUCAUCAUCUUCGUCCACCGAAGAGGACGAGGAACUCCUUGUGGAGAGGAUGAAGCAGCAGACUCUCUCUCCUCUCUCGCCGAUGUCCCCGCUCUCUCCUGUGUCGCCCGUGGUGGCGGAGAGGGGCAGCGGCGGGGCGGCCAAGGGGGGGAUGAUGGAGCCGGGCGGCGGCCACCAUUUCGUGUCCGUCUCCACCACCAGUUCCGUGUCGUCCACCAACAGCUACGAGCGAAUGCCGCGAGAAAACAACUCGCCGGGGGGACGCAUGCUGGUCGCCACGCCCAUAGAGAUCUGUGUCUGAGGGUUUCUGCUUUAACGUGGUGGCAGACAUGCCCGUGCACACUUUUAUACCGCUCACUCUCCACAUAAACAUGCAUGCACGGAAAUACACACUCCCACACACAUGCAUACACACCAAGACACUGAGUAUACAUGUGUAUCCUGUUGUACAAACCUAGGGGAAAGGAAUGGCACAUGAAUGGAAGACUGUUAUAGAAAAUGACAAAAGGUCUUUGCCUGCUGCUUCGAAGAAUGGCUGCUUUCUUCUUGACAGGCUUUGGUCAGGUUUCCUUUCACAGGACAUUUUUUAAAGAAGACCAGACGAGGUUUCUGCAGAAUGGCCCACCAUUUAACCAUUCAAUUCAGUGCACUGUCUGAACAAUCUGGCUGCAAUGUAUGGAAAGCCAAAGGAAACGUUCCAAACAGCUUCCAUCCAGCAAUUCCGUCACUAAAACCAUCUGAAAAGAAGACCAAAAUGUAUUUCUUAAAGCAAUAUUUUCAGCAAAAAACAAAACAAAACACAAAAAAAAACAAGCAAAUAGAGACAGAAACCGGCGGGAAUUCUGUGUGAUCUUUCCAGGAUGGGACUGCGCUCUCGUUUUUGAAAAAAAAAAGAAAAAAAAAGCCAAGGGACAAAGAGAAGUGAUUUGUAUUUUUGACGCUGACUUCAAAAAAAGAGCAAAAAGAAAACAUGGUUCAUGGAAACGCCAUGGCAGAUAAAAGCAACGGUGGUUUUAAAUGUUUCAUGUGUAACAAAAUGUGAAAGUGCGAGUGUGUUUGUGCGUAAAUCACUGUGCGUUCUGUGCGUAUGGAUCCAAACGAUUAAGUGGAAUUUUCUCUCUUUCUUUCUCUUUUUUUCUUUGAGAAUUAUAUUAUUUAUUUAAAUCGAAGAAGACUCCAGACUCUAUUUUUUCUAUUGGUUUUGUAAAGUAGCUGUGUUUGCUUUCUGUUUCCCCUCACUGAGUAACAAGGCAUACCUGUGCCAAAUCCACCUGUCUGUGAAACACAUUUAUUUGGCUGUUGUACAUAUUGAAUUAAUUGUACAUAUCAAAGCUGGAGUGCUCAAGGCCAGCAGAUGGCAAGAGGUAAAGUAUUCAUUUUGAUCUAGGCUUUUUAGAGGGAACUCUUUUCCCGCUAUUGGCUGCAAACCAAGAUGUCCCCGAGCCUCAGACUAGACUGAGGGAAGGCUUACGAUGUCUCCUGCUUUAUCCCCGUUCUUUAUGUCAAACAUAUCUACUUCAUGGUUCAAAGACUAUUUUCUACACGCUCUCGGAAAUUCUGUUUUUGUAUAGUUUCUCUUUCCUUUCGAAAACGUUUGAUGACGAGUAUUGUCUGAAAAAGAAAAGAAAAAUGCUCAUUUUCAAUUGGAUCUGAAAAAAAGAAAAAAAAUCCAUUGAAGGAGAUGUACACGGUCACAUUUUAUAAAUUGCAUGAUGAAUAGCUCAAAGAUAUCUUUAUGAACAAUUUGAACUGGCUUUACAAAGGACAAAAAAAAGAGAUAAAAAAAAAAUAAUUGUAAAAAUGUUGUGAUGUGGAAUUUUUGCUGUAGCACAAUUUUCUUGCAUUAUGUCCCAGAGUGAAUAUUGCUGUUAUGAUCUCUUGAGACAUCCUAGGGCUAAAAAUGACAACAAUAAUUAGUUUUUAUUCAGUGUAUUGUAUUUGUAUGCUGUUAAUGUUGUGUAGCCAUCUCACCCCCCCCCCCCCUUUAGAAACAGAAAAAUACUUUUUUGUGAAGCAUGAAGGACAUGCAGCGAGAGGCUUUGUUUUCAGUCGCAGGUUGGGAAGGAAAUGUCUUUUCAGGGGGAAACAUUGAAAAGUCUAGUCUUGCUUUUUCAAGCUUAAAAGAAGGAGAAAAAAGGAAACCGUUACUUUACCGUUGUUUGGCUAAUCAUAAAUAUUACCAAAAUAAUUUUGAAGAAAAAAGAGAUUGGAUCAUGCGUGGGAAUGGGCAUUUUGUGCGUUGCGAUUUCCAGACAUAAAUCUGCAUGAACUUGUAUGUGCUGAAGCUCUAUUGUGAAAAACUGCUCAUUUGCCUCUCUUGUCACAAGCUGUAGUUCUCUGCCAUUGCAGAAUCGCUGCAAGGAAACCGUUUGUGCAUCCUGUACCAGUCAGCAGCUCGGGCUUUGAUCUGCUGCUAACAGGAUGCUGUCAGCCCAGAUCAAGCAUCAGCUCAGCUCUGGUCACACCCUUACUGGUGCAAUUUGGACAGAAUUCACAAAGCUGCCCCCUGAGCAGUGAGCUAGUAUGCAAAUGACUACAUCUUGUGACAAUUUCUGACCUCAUCAACAGCCCUCUGACUCAGAACAAAGGGCCGUCCUGAUAGCAACACUGUGGCGGUGCUGUUUUCUCCAGCCUGUCGAUGCAGACGCUGGCUCCGGCACGGCAAAUUCAGCCGGUGAAGUGCUGAAGACAAAAACAAUCUACCUUCAGCCGCAAAGAUUUCACUGGACUCUGUAAUACCUCAUCAUGUCAUCCUCUAACAGCUCCCCACCCUCAAUGUGUCUUCAGCACUUCCCAGAUGAAUCUGCGGUGCAUUAAAAGGCCAUCUGGACAAGUCACUGAAGUCUCAUAACCAGGUAUUAAAUGUUUCCUGACACUUUUGGUGAGAUAAUUCCGCUUGUUUCCAACAUGUUUCCAGAGAUUCUCUAGAAACAAGUGCCAUGGAGCAAAGCAGAAUGAGGGCAACCACUCAAAUUAAAUCAAGAAAAUGGCAAUUGAUUCUAGAGACUAUUGUGCUCCUCACUGGCAGAUUUUUCUUCACUUGUCCCAUGAAAAAAACAAGAUUUUAAGUCCUGCUGCUAGACUAAAUGACUUGUUCAGGUGGGUAUUCGUGUGAGGUGAUGCGUGAGGCUGAGAGGAGACAAAGCAACCCUCCAGCAUCGGGGCGCAAGCACCGCCGCAGCUGAGGACACCCGAGUUAGGACGACAUUUGGGAUACGUGCUUAACAUGCAAGCUUGCAUCCCUUUUCUUCCUCCUAACACCUGAGUCAUUCACUUGCUGCCUCCUCAACUCAACCAUGACGUAACGUGUUGCAAGCCGUGUAAUGGAGUUCCUGUGUCUUUCUGUCCAGUGACAUAUUUCCAAGCACCAUGAUUUUUAGUGGAGUUUUAGUGAGUAGAUGAACACAGCACUAGAACUCGUAUCCGGUUCUGUCUUUGCAAUACAACUGUCUUCCUGUAAGCUCAGAUUUAGUCCACAAUAAAAAUGAGAAUUCUUGUUGGAG